CGAAGUCAUUGUGGCUUCAUUGAAUGCUAUUCAAUUCAAAGAUCGCAGUGGCAUGAAGAUUGUUCCAUAAAAUGAGUGGAAACGAAAAGUUUGAUUAUGGAAAGGCUGUCUACGCAAACUGUGCCAAUUGUGGAGUUGUACAGAUUCCUUCUAGGGUGCAGUUUAUCAUUCUAUGCCCACUAUGUAACGGAGAUCUUAUUUCGAAUCCUUCCGACUCACACUCGCAAAGGAGAUGCACAGACAAUCGGGAGCAAAGCGUAAUUUUCCAAGAUAACGAAGAUACGGAGAACACACCACUGGUUCCUUUGAAUGAGGAUUCUGCCGAGUUGGACACGUUAUCUCUAGAACAUUUGAGCUUAUCGAGAGAUGAAAACGCUUCUGGUUUACCGCUACAGGAGCGUUCUGAAGCAUGUUUAAGUCAAGGAAAGGCAAACACGUAUUCAAGUAAACUUUCUAAAACUCCAACUGAAGGAAAUGACGAAAACGGAAAAAACGACGUAUGCCAGACUUGUGAGGAGUUGAAGUGGACCCAUGAAUGUCUGUCGUGCUUCAUAGCAGUAUUCAAGCGAGGAGUUCUCUCUGGAAAGAAUCGAAGCCAUGUCGUCUAUGUUAUUCCGAGGGAAAAAUUCGAUUUGGUGUACGACAAAAUCGCUCAAAAUGAAGCAGCUGCUUAUGAAGGAACUGAGAUCGCUGUGAUAGAUGAGAAAGGAUCCUUGUUCGCCUAUCAUCCUCAAAUGGCAAUCCAAAGUGAGGUAAAAAUCAUCUCUGAAAUGGAUUGUGGCGAAUGUUUUGCCUUGGUCAGUCCUGCGCCAACCACCAUUGGCGUCCAACAUCUACUUGCAAAAAGUGAGGAGAGGUUAUUUCCUGGCGCUUGUGUCAAGCUGGUCACUACAUAUGUUGGAGAGCAAAACACUCUUCGUGAAGACAGAGUCAGGAUGGCACUGCUUAGUGGAAAAGCGAGACUGGUCAUUCUCAUUCCUACCAAGGUUCAUCAUACGCCAACCGAUGGCCUUGAGAGUCAAAACUAUUCAGUUACUGGUAUGCCAAAACUGGACCGAGACGCCCUUCAAAGCUGUCACGUAGAUCUUAUUGCCAAUAUUGGGGACUUUACAUCGUUAUGUGCCUAUCUUUAUCAAUACAAUAUCUUGACGGCCGAUGAUAAGGCACUUCUGCGAAGUUUUCCACGUCCAUCAGAUGGCAUCGAUCACUUGCUAAUGAUGAUACCCAGAAAAGGGAAUAUUUUAGACAUUUUCAUACGUAUCUUGCAGCAAUCACGAGAAAAUCAAGAAGCUGCCAAACGUUUAGUGUUGAAACGUCUACAGUUACACAGAAAGACAGAGAGUAAAUGACUUAAUGUGUGAUUGAAUACAUUUUAAAAAUUGGUUGUUCACUACUCGACACAAUGUUUCAUCACAACUAGUUUUUCACAGGAAACAACACUCUGUCGUUAUACACAUUAAUAACCAGGCAAUAACUCCUGCUUUGUACAUAUUACUUAAAAAUUUAUUAGCUUAAGAUGUACAACCUCUGAUAUCCUCUAUUCAGGACUUCAAACGCCUUAUCCUGAACACUUUUUAAGAUAAACUACUACUAACGAAGUAAUAUGAAUUAAUACCUGGCAAAGA